GCACCUGAUUUCGUCCGUUCUCUUCUGAAAAGUGGUAUUUAGCAUUUCAUUGAUUCUGCGUUUAAUGUAAAAUAGUAGUAUAGCCUGAAUUCGUGAGCCGAAGCCAUGGCAAGCAACCACAAAGACGAGCCCAAGACAGCUCCUCAGCCUGAUCGUUGGUAUAACCUAACCCUAGGUUCAUCCUUCAAAGAUCACAACGCAUCUUCCAAAUUCUGCACUCUCCGUUAUGAAUUCAAGCCUGCUUCAAUUGAUAAAAACCAAACUGGGUCACUACAUAAGACUAAGGAUAACAGGGUUACAGUCGGAUUUCAAAAUAAUCAACCAGGAAAACCAAAGGUUAACUUCGAGGGGAGCAGUGAGGAUUACAAGGAAACUGAUGCAGUCCUGUUAUUCGAUGGUUCGACAAUGCGAUUGGAACGAUUACAUCGUGCAGUAAAGAGACUCAGACAUGUUCGGUUGCCUGGUGAGUCUGCUGCUGCACCUGCAGUUACCUCAUUGGCACAGGCUGCAGUUGAAUCCAGUCCCCCGCCCAUGAACAAAGUUGCAAAGUUUCAGUCCUUGAACAAGAGUGUACCUCAGCUAAUACCGGUUGAGGUGGAACGAAUUGAAAUUGGAAACUUCAACAGUUCAGCACCACCGGAUGCAAAACCUAAAAACGAGAAAGCAACGACAACCGAUUAUCAAUCUGCUCAAUAUAAUAACCCACUGUCAGAAGAGUCUCCAUAUGAUAAUAAGCAUGAUGACUUAGAUGAGCAGUUAGAUAUAUUGAAUGAUGAUGAUGAGGAGGAGGAGGGUGAGGAUGCAAACAGAGGAAGUAUUGAUUAUGGAAUGAAAGAUUUGGUGUCGAGUAUAGACAUAAACCAGCCCCAUGGAAAUGGAAAUGAUACAGAUGAAGAAAUUGCUGAUGUAGAUGUGAGCGACGAUGAAGAAGAUAAAGGGAGGAACGCUGCUGAAGAACUUAGAGCACAGGUGAAUAAUGCGGCCCAGAAAAAAGAUGAACAAAGUUCAAGUUCAAGUGGAAGUAGUGGGAGCGAUAGUAGCGGAAGUGGAAGUAGUCGAAGUGGAAGCAGCAGCAGUGACAGCGAGAGCAGUGACGCUGGCGAUUCUGUUAAUUCUAUCUAAGAAUUUUUUGAAAAGAAGAAGUCCCCUCUCCCACAAUCUCAAUUCUUCUUUGAAGUUUGGAUGGUGAAAUUUUUUCAAAUAAUAGUUUCCUACAAUUAUGAAUCAUAUCAUGUAUUCUUGUAUGCUUCUGAAUGUACUUGUAUGCUUAGGCCAAAUUAUCUUUGGGUUUUUAAAAAAAAUCCAACU